GGAAGAAAUUAGUUCUACCCGCUUUAGACCGAAAAAGAAGGUCGAGUGUGCAUUCUUGAUUGCUUGCACUUUGUUAAGAAAGUACGGAGGUUAAUUUUGGUUACUUUAUGAAAAGAUUUCAUACACGCACAGGCAAAUCUUCUGUACAUGAAAAAUACGUUUACGUACCAACACGUGUGGGUGAAGGCGCCAUAUUAAGCGGUACUCUAAAAAAUUCGAGACUUUUUUAAGAAAUGGCACGACCGCUAUUUUGUAUUGCAGCCGUCGACGCUAAACUACUUUCGUAAAAAAGCAAAUUCGGAACAAUGGGUCGGUUCAGUUCUACUAAAAGGCUGUGAAGUUGUUAUGCGAAGAUCCAAAAAAGAUGGAUUUUGUUUUAAAAUUUAUCAUCCGCAAGGGAAGUCUAUAUAUGCCACGAAGCGCGUGCAGAAUUCUCUUCCCAUUAAUGAUGACUACCUUGUUAUACGGGCUCUAAAUGCUACUGAAGGACAAUUAUGGAUCAAAGCCAUUAAAAAAGUUUGCGAAGGAGCAGUUUCUGUAGACUUCGGCAGCCAUGAAAAUAUUACUGAGUGUAUUCUUACCGAAGACUCUGAAAAUGAAAUAUCCGUGGAGCUGUCCGAUUCUGAUAAUGAAGUUUUGAUGACUUUGUAUAUUGAAAAAGAUGAACCAAGGAACCUUUCGAUUACCGAUCCUGGGUGUAUUACUGAUACGUUGGACGAUCAGAAAAGAAAAGAAAUAUGGGAUUGUCUAAGAGAACUUUCUCCCGGAGACUUUAUUAGCAUUGACCGUUUGCCAUCUUUCAUUUAUGAGCCUCGCUCUUUGUUGGAACGCAUUAGCGACUUUUAUUAUCACGUUGAUAUUCUUAGCCUCGCUGCUCAAGAUGUUGACUCGUUACAACGCGUGAUAAAAGUUACAAGCUGGUUUUUCUCGGGGCUUUACUUUAAGUCAAAAUACGGCGUUGCCUCCCCGUUGAUACCGAUUACGGGAGAGCUGUACCGCUGCGUCUUCAGCCAUCCUGACCAGACAAAAACCCAUUUCGUUGCUGAACAGCUUUCAUCAUCGCCAUCUACGAGCGCAUGGUUUUUGUCCAAUAGGAAGCACGGCUUUUUUGUAAAUGGCAAUUUAACUGGUAGAGCCCCCUUUUCAGGCAACUUUAUUACUCUUGAACUUGCUGGACAACUCAACGUCCGGUUCGUGCGAUUUAAUGAAGAUUACGUCAUUACUUUUCCGGAUAUGUGCAUUAAAGGGCUAUUACGGGGUCAUUACACGCAAGAAUUAGUGGGUCUCUGUGGGAUCACGUGCAAAAAUAACGGGUACCACGUGGAACUGGAUUUUAAGCUGAAAUCUACGGAGACAACAAGCGAAUACAAUUCUGUUGUCGGGAAACUCAAGUCGGAUAGGGGAGACACUCUUUACGUAAUACAAGGUGUUUGGGAUAAACAAGUGGAUAUAAUAGACCAGAACAACAAAUGUAGAAAAGUGCUCUGGAGUGUCGAUAGUGAAACUCCUCAGAAAGCGUUAACAAGGCUUUAUGUUUCUGAUAGCUUUCUUGCCACUAACGAUUCAGAGAAAGUUUGGAAAGAAGUUUUUCAGUAUCUGCAAGAGUCCAACUUUUCUAAAGCCUCCGAAACCAUCGCUUCUGUAAAGGCUUCUCAGGACGCUUCUAUUGGCCCUCUUUAUUUCACUUUUCGAGACGGAAUUUAUAUAUAUAACUAUAUAAAUGAAAGGCGUUGGGAUGAUAAUUUUGAUCAAUUUCAAUUUGAAUUUAAAGGUAUCAUUUACACACAAACAAGUAACGGAGUGGCCGCUGGAGACGCAAGAAAAGAUUCUCCUUCCGUCGAAGAUUCUUUUGAUUUUAGGAAUAAUGAAUCAUUGAACCGAACUGUAGAGCCUCCACAUUUGCAGGAAGAGAUUUAUCGACACGACGUCAAAGAGCAGAUUUUACAGAUAAAAAAGGAAUUUAUAGACUUUAAAAAAAUGAUUUAUACUGCUCUUUUUAUGUAUGCAAUGCCCGUUGAAUAUAUGAACUUCAGGCAGUCGAGCGUGCGCAAUUAUUGCUCGCCAAAUUUCAAAAUUGGAUUUUCUUUGAAGUAA